GCCGAGCGUCACUCCACCCCGCCCCGCGCCGGCUCCUACGUGCACAGGUGGCGGCUGCUGCCCACUCUGCCGGUGGCGCCGUUGAGGCCGCGGCGGCUUUGCGCACUGAGUUCCGGAUGGCAGCGGCACCAAAUCCCAGAUCGGGGGUCUGCUGCAAGCCUGGUGGGCGCCUGGACAUGAGCCACGGUUUCGUACACCAUAUCCGACGGAACCAGCUUGCUCGGGACGACUACGACAAGAAGGUGAAGCAGGCGGCUAAGGAGAAGACGAGGAGGCGGCACACGCCCGCGCCCACGCGCCCCCGAAAGCCCGACCUGCAGGUCUACCUGCCGCGACACCGAGAUGGUUCUACCCUCCAAAGCAACCCACACUGUGAGGAGUCCGGUGAAAGCAGCAGUAGUGGCAGCUCUGAGCCAGAGCCUUCUGGCCAUCAGCUCUUCUGCUUAGAAUAUGAGGCAGACAGCGGAGAAGUCACAUCAGUUAUCGUCUAUCAGGAUGAUGAUCCAGGAAGGGUGAGUGAGGAGGUGUCAGCACACACACCUCUGGAUCCAUGCAUGCAAGAUGCCCUCAGAUUGCGCAUCAAGGAAGAGAUUGCAAAGCGCCAGAGCAGACACUGACCAUGCUGAAGGCAUUCACUCCAGACUGAAAUCACUGCCCUGAGUGCUCAUCUCUGGCUUGAGAGUGCCACAACCAGUCUGAGCUGAUCUUGAGACAACUCCCCAAUCUCUCAGCUGCCACAUCCACAGGGAAAGGGUGCUGCAGGGACUGUGCCUGGCUGCCUCCUUUGAAACCAGUCUUUCUUGUAUGCCGAUCCAUUUGACCAGCUUAUGGUCUGAAAAUUUUUUAGAAUUCUGUUUGACUACCUUGGUGUUUUGGAAGCAGAGGCUCCAGAGAGAGUUAAAGCUUACAAAGACUUAGGCCAGCAAGCUGCUUCCGGAGGUCAUACACCAUGGUACAUGUGCCACUGCUAUUCCUCCCAGUUCCAUGAGUCAUGCGUGUUAUUUUAGUCUUCCUUUCUCCUGUGCUUCACACUUAUAUUUACAUGUUUACAUAGAUCUCCUUUUCAACUCUUUUUCUUUUGUUCUUCCCUUCCUUCAUCUUUUUUGUCUCAGAAUCUAUCAGUUCCACCCUACUCUCUACCUCCCAGUGUGACUGUGCACUUGCACCUGCUCAGGACUUUUGAGGUGGGCGGGGCUGCCUUCCUAAACGCUCAGUAAUUCUGAUGCCAAUAAAGUGAAACAGCUUCAUUGUUGAAGCCUACUUGCAAGAAUGUAUGUCUUCCCCUCCCAUAGCUUGCAAGUUUCUCAUGCUCCCCCAUCCCCAUUGCUUUGCACUGUCUAGAUAACAAGAUCUAGGAGAUGAUGGAACUAAAUUGCAAGGAUCUCUUAUAAAACUGAAUUGGUUAGAACUAUAGAAGUGCAGCUUUUGGUCUUAUCCCUACCUGUGAACAAACCUUCCUCUGCUCAGUCUAGAGAGGGGUUUUUCAAAACAGGUUUGAAAUUGACUUUCCCAGUGUGAUCUCUACAUACAGAGAGAAAUUCCACAUCAACAAGAAUUUACUAUUUGGAGCCUUUGUUUCAGCAAAGACAAAGUGGAACAACAAUCCAAAGGGAGUGAUGGAACAAACCUCAUCUGUUCUUCCCUUUCUCCAUACUUUUUGCUAUCCUACUUCCCACGAAUACAUAAAACAGAUCCUUAGAACAAAGAUUUCCAUGGAAUAUCCCUGCUUUCACUCAAGUGAACAUUUGGCCUAAUUUAGAGCUAGGGUUAGGCUGAGGUCUAAGAAGUUUAUAAGACAUUCUAUGCACUGAAAUUCCACUUCAGUUUCCUAGCAGAUGGGCCAGACCUCAGUGACUUGGUAUUGGGAUUUGAGUCAUCCUGUGAGCAGUGAGAUUUCUUGAAACCAAAGUCUUCUGCCCCAGGGAUUUCUCCAUAUCAGAGUUUUUGGAGUCACUCUUGGUUUGUGCCCUAAGCCCCUGAAAAUCUACCACCCUAGAAUGGGGCAAGGCAGCUACAUAAGCUGUAUUAUUAAAAUGCACAAGCCAUAGGUGGUUGUGCCAGAAGGGGAAACAAAUGAAGUAAAUAAGAUGGAAGAGUCUGUGAUGGUAGCAAAGACCAGAUGACUGCAGACAUAGAGUUGGUCUGUGGUUAAAUGCCUUAAACUUAGCAGUUCUAAACUUAGUUCUGUUGUCAAAGGAAAAGGUGUGCCUUCCUCUUCCCACCUGGAUUAGAAGUGCCUUUUGACUACAUUAACUUUCUCUAGAGCCUUCUGCGUCAAGGAGGCUUUGCCAUACUCCAUCUCCAGUCUAUAGCUCAGAAGACCAGUCACUUUAUGAAGUCUUCCAGCUCUUCAGCUCAUCUUCCGACUUGAACAUAGGGUUUCACUGGAACUCUUGGGCUCCAUCUGGAAAUAUUUGGGGGGGGGGUCAUCAUCUCAUAGGUGGAUGCCCUGUUUCCUGAAUUUAUUACAGUAUUUAGAGAGCCAGAAGAAGAAGUUGAGUAUGAAAUUUUUGCCUUUGUUCCUGUUUUGAGGGAAGUGAAGUGUGUACCUAUUGUAUUUUUUUAUGUGCUUGUCAUAUAAUCCUCACACUCAGGUAAGCCUUAUGGGAACUUGGUUAUAAACUAUUCUCUUGAAGCACUUUGCUUAUUAAAAACAUACAAACUAUUUCUCACCCAAGAAA